UCCUCGUGUUUUGCUCUCUCUGUUUCACUUCCUCAGACAAGUGACAACUGCGGCUCUUCAAUCAAUCUCUCACAGGACUAAGACGGGUUCCCAAUCAGGAAGAAGGACGAGAAAGCCCGUCAACGCUGCUCGCCGUGCCGGUGUUUUUGUGCCCGUGAGGCAUAAACUCCUUCACUGGUUGCUGCUUCGGAUUGUGAGAGAGAAUAAUUACUCUGCUUCGGAUGGUUUAGGGUUUAGAAUUUUUUCUCAAGGAAUGAGCUCUUCCUCUGUAAAGGGUCUGAUUCUCAAUUUCUAAUAAUAUUGUGCAUAUUGAAGGGGGAGAGCUUUGAAGUGGGAAAACAAAAAAGAGGAGAGUGGCGAUUGGGUGAAAGAAAAAAAGACAACUUAGGAUCUGCCUUGAUUUCAGCUUCAUUAGUCGCAGACAUUUCUCUCUAGGAAUGCCUCCAUUUGGGGUAUAACAUGGGAGCAUUGAUUUAGUUGUUUAGUUUUGGAGCCUUAGCUGAAAGAUAACCAAAUUAGGAUAACAAUGAAAAAUUGUGUAACAUUACUCUUCAUUAAUUUGUUGAUAAGAACAAAUUCCGCAGCAAAGCGUGGGUAACUUUUCCAGUAUAAAACCAAAAACAAAAGCAAAAAGAAGGAAGGCCGCUAAACCCCAAUAAAGUGCAGGGCACCUGUGUUUCUCAGCUUGGCAGCUCCAACUCCAUCGUAACAUCGUUGUCUUGUUGAAGCCCUUUCCCACCUACUUAAACUCGUCACCCGCAAUGCUCUCCCAGAUUCCCAAAUCCCUCUCCUUCUUCCACAACCCUUCCAUUCCCAUUCCCAUUCCCAAUUCCAACUCUCCAACUCUCCGCUUCUCAACUCCCAAUCCCUCACUCUUGCUCGCUCAUCUCCCGCCUUUCAGCUGUUGCCGAUCCACACUCGUCGCAAUGGCCUCCGCCUCCGACCUCCCUAAUGCCGUCGUUCCCCUCCCGCCUGGUGUCGACGAGAGUGAGCUCAAUCGCUUUGCCGCUGUCGCCAAUAAAGUCGCCGAUGCCUCCGGCGAAGUUAUUCGGAAAUAUUUCCGGCAGAAAUUCGAUAUUCUCGAUAAAGAAGAUUCCAGCCCUGUGACCAUUGCGGAUCAAACAGCAGAGGAACAUAUGAUUUCAGUUAUAUCAGAGAAUUUUCCUUCUCAUGCUGUUUACGGAGAGGAGAAUGGGUGGAGGUGCAAAGAGACAUAUGCAGACUAUGUUUGGGUAUUAGACCCUAUUGAUGGGACAAAAAGUUUUAUCACUGGAAAACCCGUGUUUGGUACUCUUAUUUCUCUGCUACUGCGGGGCAAACCAAUCCUUGGUAUAAUCGAUCAGCCUAUUUUAAGAGAGAGAUGGCUCGGGGUAAGUGGAAGGAAAACUACAUUGAAUGGAAAAGUAGUGUCGACACGCACAUGCGCAAACCUGGCACAAGCUUAUCUGUACACUACAAGUCCACAUCUAUUCAGUGCAGAAGCAGAAGAGGCAUUUAUUCGCGUCAGAAAUAAGGUUAAAGUGCCAUUGUAUGGAUGUGACUGCUAUGCUUAUGCCCUUCUGGCUUCUGGUUAUGUGGAUCUUGUUGUUGAGUCUGGUCUCAAGCCAUACGAUUUUCUUUCACUGAUACCUGUGAUAGAAGGUUCUGGGGGUGUCAUAACUGAUUGGAAAGGACAUCAGCUUUUGUGGGAGGCUUCUGCCAAUUCACAUGCAACAAGUUUUAAUGUAGUGGCAGCUGGAGAUAAACAGAUUCACCAACAAGCUCUAAAUUCAUUACAAUGGCAAUGAAUAUAUAUCAAUAUAUGUUGGUAAAAUGCUUCAGUUUCUCUGUUGGGAUUUAAAGUUCAUAUACCAACAGCAAGUAUGACAUCAUGAACCUCGGUGGAUUGAUCAAUGAGUAAGAAAUUAAAUGCAGAGGGUAAUUAGGAAUAGCUGCAUUGAUCGAAUUCGUAUGAUAUACAUUGGCGCGUAAUUGGAGCACAAUUAUUCAGAUUUCAAUAUGAAAUUUAAAUGGAGAUGCUCCCUCAUAUAUCUGGGUUUUGGUGGCGUUUUUUGACUGCCUUAUCUUCAGUUGUAAAAUGAAAGAACCCAAAAUCACCUUUAACUUAAUGGUUUUGUGGGAGAAAGGAAUUGAAAAGGAGUGUCUUUUGUAAGCGUUGCAUUGAUGCAAUAGUUGUCCUUUGAAAACUUGAUUUGUUGAGUAAAUGCGUUACUCUUGUUCA